CUUUCUGCAGGCACUCAAAAGGAUGAGUUUUCCUCAUAUCACAAUUUUCACUGUGUCCCAUAAGUUUGGAUAUGUUGUACCUUAAUUUUCAUUAAAUUCUAAGAUUUCUUUAAUGUCUUUCUUUUUUUUUACCUUGACCGUGUUAUCAUUGAUUAGAGGAUUGUUCAACUUCCAUGUGUAUGUGGGCAUUCUUUCCUUAUUGUUAUUGAAGACCGGGUUUAGCCCGUGGUGGUUUGAUAGGACACAUGGGAUUAUUUCUAUCUUUUUGUAUCUGUUGAGUCCUGUUUUGUGCCCAAUUAUGUGGUCAGUUUUGGAGAAAGUACAAUGAGGUGGUGAGAAGAAAGUAUGUCCUUUUGUUUUAGGAUAGAAUGUUAUGUAAAUAUAUGUUAAGUCCAUUUGAAUCACAAAUUCUAUUAGUCUGUCUAUGUCUCUGUUUAUUUCUGUUCCAUGAUCUGUCCACUAAUGAUAAUGGGGUGUUGAAAUCGCCUGCUAUUGUUGUGUUAGGUGCAAUGCUUACUUUGAGCUUUAGUACGGUUUCUAUUAUGUGUGUAGGUGCCCCUGUAUUUGAAGCAUAAAUAUUUAGGUUUGAGAGCUCAUCUUGGUGAAUUUUUAUUUUGAUGAAUAUAAGUGUCCUUCCUUAUCUUUUUUGAUGACUUUUAGUUGAAAAUCGAUUUUUUUCUAAAUUAGAAUGGCUACUCCAGCUUGCUUCUUCAGAUGACUUGCUUGGAAAGAUUUUUUUUUCCAGGCUUUUACUCUGAAGUAGUGUCUGUCUUUGUCUCUGAGGUGUUAUUCCUGUAGGCAACAAAAUUCUGGGUCCUCAUUAUCUACCAAGUUUGUUAAUCUGUGUCUUUUUAUUGGGGAAUUGAGUCCAUUGAUGAUAAGAGAUAAUAUUGAAUAGUGAUUGUUGCUUAAUGUUAUCUGCACAUUUGGAGGUGUGAUUAUGUUUGUGUGCUUGUCUUCUCUUUGUUUAGUUGCCAAGACAAUUAGUUUUUUACUUCUUCUAGGGUAUAGCUUGCCUCCUUAUGUUGGGCUUUACCAUUUAUUAUCUUUUGUAGGGCUCAAUUUGAAGAAAGAUACUGUGUAAAUUUGGUUUUGUCAUGGAAUAGCUUGGUUUCUCCAUCUAUGUUAAUUGAGAGUUUGCUGGGUACAGUAACCUGGGUUGCCAUUUUUGUUCUCUUAGGGACUGUAUGACAUCUGUCCAGGAUCUUUUGGGUUUCACAGUCUGUGGUGAGAUGUCUGGUAUAAUUCUGAUAGGUCUACCUUUAUAUGUUACUUGGCCUUUUUCCCUUACUGCCUUUAAUAUUCUUUCUUUGUUUUGUGCAUUUGGUGUUUUGGCUAUGAUGUGACAGGAGGAGUUGCUUUUCUGGUCCAAUCUAUUUGGAGUUCUGUAGGGUUCUUGCGUCUCUAUGGCCAUCUCUUACUUUAGGUUAAGGAAGUUUGCUUCUAUGAUAUUGUUGAAGAUAUUUACUGGUCCUUUGAGUUGGGUGUCUUCCUUCUGUUCUAUACCUAUUAUCCUUAGGUUGAAUCUUCUAUGUUUUGGGCUAUUAGCUUUUUCUGUUUUACAUUAUCUUUGAUAGUUGUGUUGAUAAUUUCUAUGGAAUCCUCUUCUCCUAAGAUUCUCUCUUCUAUCUCUUGUAUUCUGUUCAUGAUGCUUGCAUCUGUGACUCCUGAUCUCUUCUCCAGGUUUUCUAUCUCCACUGCUGUCUCCCUUUGUGCUUUCUGUAUUGUUUUUAUUUCUAAUGUUAGCUCCAGGAUGGGUUUGUUCAUUUCUUUCUACUGUUUUGUUGUUUUUUCCAGUAGUUCCUUAAGGGGUUUUUGUGUUUCCUCUUUAAGGGCUUCUAGUUGUUUGCUUGUGUUGUCUUGUGUUUCCUUAAGGGAGUUAUUUAUGACCUUCUUAAAGUCCUCCAUCAUCAUGAUAAAAUUUGAUUUUUGCAUCGAGAUCUUGUUUUUCUGGUUUGUUUUUGAUAUUCAGUGUUUGCUUUGGUGGGAGAAUUGGACUCUUAUGAUGCCAUGUAGUCUUGGUUUCUGUUGCUUGGUUCCCUAUGCUUGCCUCUUGCCAUCAGGUUGUCUCUGGUGUUACCUUGUUUUUUUAUUCCUGACAGUGGCUUGUCAGCCUAUAGGCCUGUGUUUCAAGAGUGCUGUAGACCUGUUUUCUUUCAGCCAGUUAUGGAAAUAGAGUGUUUUGCUCUCAUUCAUAUAGUCAUUCCUGUCCACUGGCUUUCAGCUCCCCCUGUGAGCAGGUGCCAGAAGGGCUUGCCGCUACUUCUGGUUCCCUGUGCACAGGUGGCCCAGAUGGUGCUAGGUGUUUUCCUCUAGAGUCAGAAAUGUGGGCGGGGUCUAGUCUCUACAUGUUUCCCAGGCAUGUCUGCCCAUCUGAAGUUCUAGCUCUCCCCACCAAGGGAUUUGGGUGCAGGGAGCUGUUUGACUGGGCACGAUCAGAUCUGGAUGCAGUCUGGACCAUAGGGCUCCUGCAGCUUGACUGCCCCUCUCUUCCUGUACCCAGAUGCUCUAUACAGUCUCCUCUUGGGACAGGGAUGUGGGCAAAGGUGGGCAGAACCGGCAGGCUCUCCUGGCCUGCAGUCUCAGGAUUGCCCACACUUUUGGGAGAUCUGCUCUCUCUCCCACAAGGUUUGAGAGCAGGGAGCUAUGGGCCAGGAUCAGCGAGGUUUGGUCAUCAGCGAGAAAUUGUAAGUGUCUGGUCCCAGAGGAAUUUUGCCUUUGUGUGUCCUUAGUCCACCAGGCAGGUCACUUGCAGCAGAAAAGUUGUUCUUACCUCUGGUCUCGGUUCUGAAGUCACUCCAUGGGGCUGGGUUUCAGCUCUCUUUGUGGGCAGCAACCAGAAUGGCCUGUACUUCUCCUGGGUCCCUGUGUACAGGGUGACUAGAUGGCACUAAGUGUUUUUCACUAGAGUCAGAAAUGUGGGCAGAGAGUAGUCUCUUCUCUUGAUUUUGAUAUUAUAGAGGAUUAUAUUUACAUGUUUGAAUCUCAGAAGAUUUUGAACUUUGGACUUUUAAGAUUUUUGGGACUGAUUUUGACUUUGGGGAUUUUGAAAUUGGACUUAAUGCAUUUUGUAUUAUGCUAUGCUUAUGUUUGUCCUCCAUAGACUCAUGUGUUUGAACAAGCCUAUGGAGACUAGGGACUAGAAUAUAGUGGUUUGUGUAUCCUUGGACUACGGAGUGACACUGUUAGGAAUUAUGGCCAUGUUGGAGCAUGAGUGACCUUGUUGAACAAAGUGUGUCAAUGUAUGUGUGGACUUUGAGACCCUUCUCCUAGCCUUGGGGAAGCAAAUCUUCUCCUGUCUGCCUACUGAUCAAGAUGUAGAACUUUUGGCUCUCCUUACAGUCCCCCAUCUGCCUGGAUGUUUCCAUCCUCCUGUAUUGAUAAUGACUGAACCUCUGAACCUGUAUGCCAAUCCCAAUUAAAUUUUGUCCUUUAUAAGAGGUGCUUGAUCAUGGUGUCUUCACAGCACUGAAAACCUAAGUAGGUGUAGGCAAUAAACAUAAAUUAUUAAUAAUUCAAUUUUUCCCAUGCCCAUGUGACAGUAGGAUUAUAGAAGAUUCCUCCUGCAGGUCCCCGAUCUCUCUAGUCAUGGGUUUUUAAUUAAAUUAUAAUUUAAAACAUGAUAUCUCUCAUAUGGUGAAUGAUUCAAAUCCAGUAAGUUAGCAAUUAGAUAUACUCUAACAAUUGUAUAUCUGGGCAUUUCUUGCUUAGCAUGUGUAGAAUAUGUAGCUAGGCAUGGUAAGAUUAAAGUCAUUGAUAUCAUUUCUCCUCACAGCAGAGUCUAAUAUACCUUCUGACCUUUCUAAAGCUAGUCAAAAAACAACUGUUCUCUGAUGGAUAGGAGAUUUAAUUUCUAUAUCCUGGUGUCUUCAGCAAUAGGGUGUUUCCAUGUAGUUAUGAUGUAUCAGCAAGUCUAGAGGCAGUGGUCUGUGUUGUGUUGAAGACAUUGGUGCGCCCUGCUUUGCACUUUGAUUUUUCAUUUAAUAACACAUGUUUCUGUGGUUUAAUUCUUCUUAAGAGUCAUAUUUUGAAUUUUUAGUGUGUUUGAAUACAGACAUUAUGUCAUCCUGAGUGUGCUGGAACUUACUCAGUAGACAUGGUUGACCUCAACUUCAGAGAUCUGCCUGCCUCUAGUCCUGAGUGCUAGGAUAAAAGGCAUGUACCACCCCACACUCAGGUCUAUUUUGAUCACCAAGUUACAUUUUCAUCACAGAAUAUAUUGUGAUCAGGUUUUACAACCUCACAUCCACCCAGAUCCUCCCCAACAUUCCUACCCACUGAGUUUCACGUGCAUUCUCUUUCUUGAUGAGCACAAAACAUACAAAAUGUGAAAAUCGAUUCAAAUUCUGUGGGAAAGAGAACUGAAAACCAAGAAAUGAAGAACAUCCUGAGAUCGCAGGACACACUGCCACUUCUUCCCACUUCUGCCCACAUCCUUGGACCAAGAGGAAACUGCAUACUGUCUCAGGACACAGAAAUACAGGAGUAGUCAAUUUCUGGUACUUGUGGUUCUGGUCUGCACCCAGAAAAGAACUGAUUUGAACCAAUACUGCUUCCUGCACCCAAAUCCCAUGGGGGAGGGAGCUGGACACUCAGAAGUACUGACACUCCUGAGAAAUCAGAGGAGACUACCAUCUGCUGGUAGUUAAAUGAAAAUCAAAUUUAUUUCACACUCCCCACCCAAGAGGGAAUCACCUAGUGCCAGCUGUGCCCCCUGGGUGUAAGGAUUAAGAGCAGUCAGGGUCAGGACCCAUCUGAUCCCUGCCUGCAUCAAGAGCUGAAAGACAGUCUCCAGGAGUGCCUACACACCUGAGAGAAGAGCAUCUGUUCUCAUAAACUGAUGAACGAAAACGGGAAAACAGUUCUACAAGAGUGCUUACACAGAGGCCUACAGGAGGGUUAAGCCACUUCCAAAAACAGCAAGACAAUGAAACACCAGAGACAACACGAUGGCAAGAGGCAAGCACAGGAAACUAAGCAAUAGGAACCAAGACUAUUUGGCAUCAUCAGAGCACAGUUCUUCCACAAAAGAAAAUAUAGGAUAUCCAAACACACUGGAAAAGCAAGAUUUAGAUUUAAAAUCACAGUUUAUGUUAAUGAUGAAGGACUUUAAGAAGGACAUAAAUAACACACUCAAAAAUUCAGGACAACAUAAGUAAACAAGUAGAAGCCUUUAGAGAGGAAACCCAAAAACCCCUAAAAGAGUUACAGGAAAACACAAGCAAACAGGUGAAGGAAUUGAAAAUGGAAAUAGAAACAAUAAAAAAAGCACAAAGGGAGACAACCCUGGAUAUAGAAAACCAAUGGAAGAGACAAGUAGCCGUAGAUACAAUGAUCACCAAUAGAUAGAAGAUGAGAAGACAAGUGAUAGAAGAGAGGAUCUCAGGGGCAGAAAAUACAAUAGAAAACAUUUAAACAACUGUCAAAGGUAAUGUAAACUGCAAAAAGCUUCUAGUCCAAAACAUACAGGAAAUCCAGGACACAAUGUGAAGAUCAAACCUAAGGAUAAUAGGUAUAGAAGAUAGUGAAGAUUUGCAACUUAAAGGGCCAGUAAUAUAUUCCACAAAAUUAUAGAAGAAAACUCCCAUAACAUAAAGAAAGUGAUGCCCAUAAACAUACAAGAAGCCUACAGAACUGCAAAGAGGUUGGGCCAGAAAAGAAAUUUCUCGUGUCACAUAAUAGUCAAAUGCACAAAACAAAUAAAAAAUACAAAAAACAGUAGGGAAAAAAGGUCAAGUGACAUAUAAAGGCCAACCUAUAAGAAUUACACCAAACUUUUCACCAGAUAUUGUGAAGGCCAGAAGAUCCUGGACAGAUGUCUUACAGACUCUAAGAGAACACAAAUGCCAGCCCAUGGUACUAUAUCCAGCAAAACUCCCAAUUAACAUAGAUGGAGAAACCAAGGUAUUCCAUGACAAAACCAAAUUUACACAGUAUCUUUCUACAAAUCCAGCCCUACAAAGGAUAAUAGUUGGAAAACUCCAACACAAGGAGAGGAACUAUGCCAUUCAAAAAGCAAGAAUUUAAGCUCCUCACAAUGAAACCAAAAAGAGAGACACACAAACAUAAUUUAACCUCUAUCAAUGAAAAUGACAGGAAGUGACAAUCAAUAUUCUUUAAUAAUGCUCAACAUCAAUGGACUCCAUUACCCAAUAAAAAGAUAUAGACUAACAGACUGGAUACAUAAGGAGCAUCCACCAUUUUGCUGCAUAUUGGAAACAUACCUCAGAGACAAAACAGUACCUCAGAGUAAAAGGCUCGAAAACAAUUUUCCAAGCAAGUGGUUGUAAGAAAAAACCUGGAGUUACCAUUUUAAUAUUGAAUAAAUUUCAGUUUCAAACAAAAGUCAUCAAAAAAUAUAAGGAAGAACACUUCAUAUUCAUCAAAGGAAAAAUCCACCAAAAUGAACUCUAAAUCCUAAAUAUCUGUGCUCCAAAUGCAAUAGCACCUAUAUUCAUAAAAAUAAUCUUACUAAAGCUCCAUUCACACAUUGCACCUAACACAAUAACGGUAGGAGAUUUCAACACCCGACUCUUAUCAAGGGACAGAUCAUGAAAACAGAAGUUAAACAGAGACAUAGAGAAAGUAACAGAAGUUAUGGACCAAGUACAUUUAACAGAAAUGUAUAUAGAACACUUCAUGUAUAUAGAGCACUUCAUGGAACCUUCUCUAAAACUGACCAUAUAUGCAGUCACAAGUCAGGCCUCAAGACAUACAGUAAGAUAUAAAUAAUACCAUGCUUCCUAUCAGAUCCCUAUGGACUAAGGCUCAUUUUCAAUAAUAACAAAAAUGACAGAAAGCCCACAUAAACAUGGAAGAUGACAAUGCUCUACUCAAUGACAACGUGGUCCAGGAGGAAAUAAAGAAAUUAAAGACUUAUUAGAAUUUCAUGAAAAUGAAGAUACAACAUACCGAAAUUUAUGGGACACAAUACAAGUACGGCUAAGAGGAAAACUCAUAGCUCUGAGAGCCUGGAAAAAGAAACAGGUGAGAGGAGAACCCACAAACCUAUAGUCACUUGAUCCUUGAAAAAAGGAGCUAAAAUCAUCCAAUGGAAGAAAGAUGUCAUUUUCAACAAAUGGUGCUGGAUGAACUGGAGGUCAGCAUGUAGAAGAAUGCAAAUUGAUCCAUGCUUAUCACCAUGGGCAAAGCUUAAGUCCAAGUCAAUCAAGGACCUGCACAUCAAACCAGGUAAACGCAAACUAAUAGAAGAAUAACUGGGGAAGAGUCUCAAACACAUGGGCACUGGGGAAAAUUUCCUAAACAAAAUACCAAUGGCUUAUGCUCUAAGACCAUGAACCAAUAAAUGGGACCUCAGAAAACUUCAAACCUUCUGUAAGACAAAAGACACUGUCAUUCAGACAAAAUGGCAUCAAACAGAUUGGGAAAAGAUCUUUACCAAUCCUACAUCUGAUAGAGGACUAAUAUCCAAAAUAUAUAAAGAACUCAAGAAGUUAGACUCCAGAGAGCCAAAUAACCGUUUUAAAAAAUGGGUAUAGUGCUAAACAAAAAAUCCCCAUCUGAGGAACAUGUAAUGGACGAGAAACACCUAAAGAAAUGUUCAACAUCCUUAGUUAUCAGGGAAAUGUAAAUCAAAACAACCCUAAAAAUCCACCUCAUACCAGUCAUAAUGGCUAAGAUAAGAAACUGAGUUUAUAGCAGAUGCUACCGAGGAUGUGGACAAAUAGGAACACUCUUUCAUUGUUUGUGGGACUUCAAACUCAUUCAAGCCAUCUGGAAAUCAGUCUGGAGGUUCUUCAGAGAGUUGGACAUACCACACUAUGUGAGGACCCAGCUAUACCUCUUUUGGGCAUAUACCCCAAAGAUGGUCCAAUGUAUAAUAAAGGCACAUGCUCUACUAUGUUCAUAGCAGCCUUAUUUAUAAUAGCCAGAAGCUGGAAAGAACCCAGAUGCCCUUCAGCAGAGGAACUGAUUCAAAAUAUGUGAUACAUCUACACAAAGGUGUACUACUCCUCAUUCCAAAACAAUGAAAUCAUGAAAUUCAUGGGCAAGUGGAAGUAACUAGACAAUAUCUUCCUGAGUGAGGUAACCCAGUCACAGAAAACCAAACAUCGUAUACACUCAUUAAUAAGUGGAUAUUAGCCCAAAAGCUAGAAUUACCAAAGAUGCAAACCACAGACCUCAAGAAGCACAAGAAGAAGGAUGACAAAAAUCUGGCUGCUUCCACUCCUUAUUAGGGGGAAAAAUAUCCAUAGGUGGGGAUAUGGAAGCAUAGUUUGGAGCAGCGACUGAAGGAACAGCCAUAUAUAUACAGCCACCCAAACUAGAUAAGAUUUAUGAAGCUAAAAAGUCCAUGCUGAACAGAACUGGAUUUUGAUCUCUCCCGAGACACAUCAAGAGCCUGUCCAAUAUAGAGGUCAGUGCUAGCAGCAAACUAUUGAACUGAGAAUAGGACUCCCUUUGGGGGAAUUAGUGGAAGGACUGAAAGAGCCGAAGGGGAUUGCAACCCCAUAUGAACAAUGCCAACCAAAUAUGCCAAUGCUUCCAGGGACUAAACCACUACCAAAGACGAUACAUGGACUGACCAGGGCUCCAACUGCAUAUGCAGCAGAGAAUAGCCUUGUUGGGUCACCAGAGGAAGAGGAAGCCAGGGGUCCUGCGAAGGUUGGACCCUCUGUGCAGGACAAUGUCAAGGGGGGCACAUAAGGGAAAGUGUAUGGGGGAGAACACUCUUAUGGGGUAGGAGUAGGGGACAGGUAGCUUAUGGAUAGGAAACCAGGAAAGGGAAUAACAUCUGAAAUGUAAAUAAAGAAAUAUAUUCAAUAAAAUAAUAAAUAAAAAUGUGAAAAUCAAACAAGUAAAGAAACAAACCAAACCAAACAAUAAAUAGAGCAACACAUACAAUAAACAAACAAAAAAGCAAUCUACCAAAGAAACACAGAGUCUGAUUCAUGAUGUCAACUUCUGACUUACUAACUAGUAUAUUUCUCUCAGACAUUUUCAUAGAGCUUUUGUUUUGGUUAAUCAAUCUUUUAUUCUCUCCUGCAUCUCGUUUUUCAUUUUUAUCUUAUUUUGAUCUUUUAAUACUCACAAUCAACCCCUCAGUUUUCAUAUAACACACUUAUCCCUCCUCUGGUAUAUUGAUGGUUUUCGAAACAAUAAAUAUUAAUUCCCCCCAAAAUUUCUGUAGUUUUAUUUAUGUAGUGUCUAUAGAUAGCAAUUUUCUGUGUUGUCUUCUAUAUCUUUAAAUGUAUUUUAAACUCUUAUUCUUUUUUGUAUUGAUAUAGGUAUUCAUAUCAGCCAGGCUACCCUUGAAUUCCAGAUUAUCAUGUUUCCAUCUCUCAGCUGAUGUCACAACAGGCAUCUGAGCCUGCCCUAUAAUAAAAAUGAUAAUAUAAAUCAUUUAUAAACUUUUUCUACAGAGAAGCAAUUACAUUCACAGAAUACACUACAAUGAUAAAACUCAAAAAUUUAUUAAUGAUCUGAUAGUAUGUUCUAUAACAUGAUUCACAUUCAUAUCUAUCCAUUUUCUGGAUAAUGUCACUACGUCGUUAUGGUCAGUAUCAUGCUGUAUACUCACUUGUAAUGUCCUCAUGAACAUUGUUUUUGAAAUGCUUACUGACGUAAUUUCUUUGUGUCUUUUAACUUGACAUUUAAAAAAUUUAAGCGUAAAGUUGGAGUGUAUAUGUAACAAUAUGUAUCUUCAGUAAGUCAUAAGAAAUAAGAGCUGUAUCACAUGUACACACCUCUUCAAUCACUAUUUUGCUCUGUAGUUUCAUAUCUAUUAAAAUAGGACAGAAAUAGAGUCAUAUCAGUGGUGGGAACCUCAGUUCUGAAUGCACCUUAAUAAGAUCUGACUGUAGGUAAGCCUGGUGAUAUUUUCUUAAUUAGCAAAUAAUGUGUGGGGCCCAGUCAGAUGUAGGUGCCACAUUUGGCUUAGUGAUCUUAGGUUCUGUAAUAAAGAAGGAUGAGCAAGCCAUGGAGAAUAAACGAAUGAUCAACACCCUUACUUGACCUGUGCAUCAGCUUCUUCCUCUUGGUUCCUGUCAAGUUUGAGUUUCUCUUCUGAUUUCCUUAAGUGAUGGAUUAUAAUGUGAAAAUGUAAACAAAUAAUUGCUUGCCUCUCAAGGUUACUUUCAUCAUGGUGUUUCAUCAUGCAAAUAAAAAGUCAGAUGAAUAGAGCCAUCAAUCCCUAACAGGGAAAAAUUUUAGGAAACAUUUUAGGGAAACAUUAAAGACUAUUCUACUUGAUGCUCUCGUGCCUGACUCCAGACAAGUAGACAUUUGUUGUCUUGUAAUGCAAAUUAGUAUGUCCUAGUUCAGAGUGAGAAUUUGACUCCAUUUUCUCUGUAUUAUUUUUAUUUCUAUUACUGAAUUUCAGCCAAUUCAAACUUUUUUCACAAAUCAGUGGUUAAUAAUUUUUAUUAAUCAGCACUUUGCCUGUUUCACAAAUAACAAUGAUAUUCCUCCGUCCACAUGUGAACAUAUGUAUUUCUAAGUUUUAUCAAUUCUGAAUAAAACUUUCAUGUAAAGUUUUAGCCAGAGCCUUACUUAUAGAGAUGAGGAUGCUUUCAGGCAACCAUCGGAUUCAGUACAUGGACCCCAGUGAAGCAUUUACAAAAAGGACUGAAGGAGCUGAAGGGGUUUGCAACAUCAUAGGAAGAACUACAAUAUCAACCUACUACACCUCCCAAGAACUCCCAGGGACUAAAUCAGGAACCAAAGGGUAUAUAUGGUGGAACCCAUGGCUCCAGCCACGUAUGUAUCAAAGGAUGACAUUGUCUGGCAUGAAUAGAGAAGCUCUUGGUCCUGUGAAGGCUAUUUUCCCCAGUGUAGGGAAAUGGCAGUGUGUUGUGGUGGGAGUGGAUGGGUGUGAAGGGGAGCAUCUUCAUAAUAGGAUGGGUAAUAUUUGAAAUGUAAAUACAUAAACUAUCCAAUAAAAAUCUUAUGUCAUUCACUGCGAGUGAAUAUAUAUCAAUUAUCUAUCUAUCUGUCUAAUCUAUCUAUCUAUGUCUGUUUGUUAAGCAUACAGAGCUAUAUUUGUUUUCCUGUGAAGAUUUUUUUCAUAAGAAACUUUUAAAAGUUACCCCUUACCUUUACCAUUUGGUAAUAUCAAUGCAUUGAAUUUUUAAUCAUCUGGAUGAAUUGAGGAGGUCUUAGUUCUCUGAGAUCUAAUGAUACCAACCAUAUUUUCAUGUAACUUUUGGUCACUCAGAUGUUUUCCUUCUCAAAAAUCAGUUCACAUAUGGUCAUUGCUUAUAAGUCUUUUCAGUCUUUGAAUUGUAAGAAAAUAUCCAUAUAUAUAUAUAUAUAUAUAUAUAUAUAUAUAUAUAUACACACACACGUAGAGACACACACAUAUAAUUUGUAUGCAAAAGCUUUGACUACAUGCUUUAACAAGUUCCCAAUGUGUAGUUCUUCAUUUUCUGAAAUAAAUCAAUUAAUAGCAGAUAAUUUAGCCCUCUAUUGAAGAUUGACUUGACAGUUAUCAACCCUUUCUGCAUCAAACUGUAUCAAACUGCAGAGAUUUUAUCUGUUAAUUUUCCCAAAAAUUAUGUAUUGUUUUUGUAGGUGUAGAAAUUUUCUCUACUGUUUUUUAAAUUAUUUUUCAGUUAACUAUUCAUAUGACUUCAUUUGCCCCUGUUUUACUAGAUAAUUUUUAUUUACCUUUCAAAUGUUAUUCCCUUUCCUGGUCUCCAGUCCAUAUGCCCCCUAAACGAUCUCCCUCCCCAUCUUCUAUACAGGUGUUCCCCCUCCCAAACUACUGCUCCUUCCUGCCUACCUGCCCUGACAUUCCCCUAUAUUGGGUGGGUUCAGCCUUGACCAAACCAAGGGCUUCUCCUCCCAUUGGUGCCCAACAAAGCCAUCAUCUGCUUCAUAUGCAGCUAGAGUUAUGGGUUAGGCCAUGUGUACUCUUUGGGUAGUGAUUUUGGGAGCUCUGGUUGAUUGGUUUUGUUCUUCUUAUGGGGUUGCAAGCCCUUUCAGCUCCUUUAAUCAUUUUCCUCCUUCCUCCAACAGAGACCCCUUUCUUAAUUCAAUGGUUUGCUGCUAGCAUUUGGCUCUGUGUUUGUCAUGCUAUGGCUGAGCCUCUCAGCAGACAGCUACAUCAGAUUCCUGUCAGCAUGUACUUCUUGACUUCAUAGAUAUUAUCUAGUUUUUGUGGCUGCAUAUGCAUGGGCUAAAUCUCCCGGUGAGGCAGGCUCUGAAUGGCCAUUCCUUCAGUCUCCUCCAAACUUAAUCUUAAUUUUUCCUGUGAAUAAUUUAAUUCCCCUUUGUAAGAUGGACUAUAGCAUCUGUUGAAGGGCAUCUGGGUUCUUUUCAGCUUCUGAUUUUAUAAAUAAAGUUGCUACGAACAUAGUGGAACAUGUGUCUUUUUUGUAUGUUGGAGCAUCUUUUGGGUAAAUGCCCAGGAGAGGUAUAGCUGGGCCCUCAGAUAAUACAAUGUCCAAUUUUCUGAGGAACCUCCUGACUGAUUUCUAGAUUGGUUGUGGCAACUGGCAAUCCAACCAACAAUGGGGGAGUGUUUCUCCUUCUCCUCAUCCUUACCAGCAUCUGUUCUCACCUGAGUUUUUGAUUUUAGCCAUUUUUGACUGGUGUGAGGUCGAAUCUCAGGGUUGUCUUGAUUUGCAUUUUCCUGAUGACUAAGGGUGUUGAAGAUUUCUAUAGGUACUUCCCAGUCAUUUGAUAUACCUCAUCUGGGAAUUCUUUGAUUAGCUCUGUACCCCAUUGUUAAAUAGUGUUUUUGGCUCUCUGGAGUUUAACUUCUUUGUAUAAAUUGGAUACUAGCCAUCUCUCUGAUGUAGGUUUGGUAAAUAUCUUUUUUUCCAAUCUGUUGGUUGCUGUUUUAUCCUAAUGACAAUAUCAUUACAGCUUUACAGAAGCUUUGCAGUUGUAUGAGGUCCCAUUUGUCGAUUCUUGUAGCUUUAACUUAUACAUUUAGAUCAAAUAAUAUUUUAUUUUAAAUUUUCAUUUACAUAUCUGUUGGUAUGUCUUUGUUCAAAUGCUGUGUGUGUGUGUGAAUUCUUGCAGAAGCCAGAAUGUGCUACUAGACCUUCUGAAGUUUUAGUUUUAGGUGUUUGUGAACCAACUCAGUGCUGGAAAAUAAAUUCAGAUCCUCGUAAGAGUAGCAUACUCCUCAUUCUCUUUUAAAUAUUAUAACAGAGAUUCAGUGAAUACAUUUUGUGAGCUCAACAAAGUUCUGAGCAUUUAAAACUGACUUUACUUUUCCAAGAAGUUUUAUUUUUUCAAGUAUAUUUGUAUUGAAAAUAAAUUUUGUAAGAGUAUACAUUCAUAUGAUGGUUUCACAUGAACAUUUCUCAGUUCUGUCCCAAUUCCCUUACACUCUCAAAUCAAUAUAAUUUUUUCUCCUCUCUCUUUAGUAUACGAAUUGACAUCAAGAUGAUAAUAAUAAUGAAAUAAAAUCAUGUACAGUAAUAAAAAUAUCUGAACUGGACAAAGCAAAGGAACACAAUAAAAAAGUAAUGAAAACUCUAAAGGAACACAAGUAGACACAGAGCCAUCUACAUUUAUAUACACAACCAGAGUCUGUAAUACAUAAGCAAACGGCCUAUAAGGAAGAAAGAAAGAAAAAGUUCCAAUAUUUAAGGAAUUGUGGGACAAAGAUCUUGUGAAAGUGCCAUUGAAUUCAUUUUACGUUGACCUUCUAUUGUAGCACAUGGGGUAUAUCGUUCAAUGUGGUCUGUAUACCCAAUGAGACUCUAUAGGAAAAUAGUAAACACUAAUUUUUCCUUUAAAAAUGGUUCUUGUUUUAGAGAGUCCAGUCCACUUGAUAUAAGUACCUUUUCUGUAGCCAUCCAUGUUUAUGUCUUUUCUUCAUUUGCUUACUGCUCCAGUUAGGCCAAUCCCUGCAUCCAUGCAGAGCAGAGGUGGAGAAAUUUUGUCCAUUUAGGCUGCUAUUGUUACUUGAAGGAAGUCAAAUUAAAACAAUGAUGACCCUUCCUCCUUUCAUUUUUCAAUAGCCAAUACUUUCCAAUCAGGGGCCAAUGUCCCAUGAACCUUAUCCCUAUACAAGACUGAGUGUUGGCAGAAUGAAACUUGUGCAGUCUCAGUACUUACAGCCAUAGGUUGAGAGAGGUAUCUUUUUAUGGUGGAUAAUGAUUAUUCCAGAAGCUAGAAGCCAUCAAAGAAAGGUGCCUGGGCCAGAUUUUGGACAGAAAGUUCCCGGAGGUACCCAAAGCAACAUAGGGUAAUGCUUUUACUUUUGAUUUGUCACCACAACAAUAUUAUAAUAUUCUAUUGCUGAACACUUUUGUUAGGGCAUAUAGAGAAAUCAAUUUGGAACACAUAUAGAAGGUUUCAUGCUGCUGGACUGUGUACAGAGUGACAGAAGGUGACAUAUAGGAAAAGGAGGGGAAAAUCUAUCAACCUUCAUAUGCAGCUAUGAACCAUGAGGGCUAGAAUAUCAACCUCCCAGCCAAGAUGUACAACCUUGUGAAAUAAUAGCAUGACAUUUAUGGAAGUAAGCAAAAAAUUACUUCUGGUUGUCAUGGGGCCCAAUGUAGAGAAGAGUUUUCAUGUCUGGUACUGGGAAUCUGGUCAAAAUCCAUGGAUUGACAUAUUGUAUUCUCAAAUGGGAAACUGGAUACUUUGUUCAGGUGAAUUGAAUCCAUCAACCUACCUUUUGUUUAUUUAUGGUUCUAUUCAUAGAUGAAUGCAUUUACCGUUGUUUGACUAUUAAACUUCUAUAUGUGGAGAUAUUACAUUUGUUCUUUGUUCUAUUUAUUAUCCAAUUUAUAUAGCCUUGUCUGCUAAGAGCAUGUGUUCAUUUGAAAAUAAUUUUUGUCUUUAACAUAAAAUAAAUAAAUAAAUAAAUAAACAGUUUUCUUUUUUAUUGGAUAUUUUUUAUUUAUAUUUCAAGUGUUAUUCCAUUUCCCGGUUUCCUGGACAUAAGCCCCAAAUUCCAUCCCUCUCCCCUUCUUCUAUAAAUGUGUCCCCCUUCCCAACUACCCUCUUCCUGCCCUGUAACAUUCCCCUACACUCCUACACCGGGGGGGAGAGUGAAUGAGUUUGAGUGCAUACAUGCCUUGUGGUGUAUAUGGUGGUCAGAGGACAAUUUUGGGAAGUUAGUUGCUUUCUUCUAUGAAGGAUUCCAUGGGUCAAAUAUGGGGAAGACAUCAGACUUUGUGUGUGCAGUGAUUUACAUUCUGAGAUAUUACAAAGGUACAAUUUUUGCUUCUUUAACCUAAAUAAAUCUGGGUUGUCACUCAAAUCUGCCAUUAUUGUUCACCUGAAGUCCCAUAAAACAUUUGACAGACAUUAAAUCAUCUCAACAUUGUGAGAAAAGUUCAAAGGGUACAGUGUAGAUGCUUCCAUAACACAUGCAGGAAGUCUAUUUUGUACCUACCUCUCUGCCCUGGGAGAUCCCUCUAUUUGUAGCCUUCAAACAUUCUCUCUCUCUCUCUCUCUCUCUCUCUCUCUCUCUCUCUCUCUCUCCCUCCCCUGUGUGUGUGUGUGUGUGUGUGUGUGUGUGUGUGCAUCUGUGUGCUGUCUCUCUGUAUCUCUGUCUCUCUGUCUCUAUCUCUAACUUUUGGAGGGCAUGGGAAGUGGGGAUGGAGGAGCGUUGAAGAAAGUAGCCAGAGUUUCCCUGUGAAGGCAGAUACUUGUGCUAUUUCAAUUUACCACAUAAAGCCUCUGAAGAAUCAGAUGACUUACUUAAGGAGUCCCUAUAACUAACACUGGAAGUUUGCUCCUAGUACAUCAUCAAUGAGUGCAAGAAUAUGAAUAAAAUGAUUAACUUAGAAGAAAGUGGGUUUUAGCUUUCUACAAAGCAUGAAUCAGGGAGGUGUGGAGACAUGAGUGUCAUACCAUUUCAGGCUCUUGUGACUUCAUGUAAGUCCCAUCAUUCACAAAUUCCUUCACCACAAAAUUCAAAAAAGCCAUUUCUUGACAAGAUUGAUACGAAGGUUUAAUAGGAUACACAAGCAGGUUUGUGUUACUAUUUGUGAGGCAGGAAUUCACUAUUUAGCCUUCGGUGACCUGGAACAAACCAUAUAGACCUGUUUGGCCUAAAAAUCAGAGAGUAUCUGAGUCUGUUUCCCAAAUGCUGAGACUAAAGGUGUGAAUUACCACACCCAGCUUCAAAUAAAGUUUUUAAUCAUAACCUGGAAAGUAGAUUGCAAGUUUAAUUCAAUACAAAACAUUACUACUUCAAGAGCAAUACUCAAUUCUUUUCUUAGCAUACAGUUUUGACCAAAACACUGAAUCUUCAAGCCUGUGCUUUCAGGAGGUCAUCCAGAGUAUAUGACCUACAUCAAAGGCUUUGAAGUAAAUGUAAUCAGGAAUAUAGACAGAAGCUCAUAGAUUUCAAGGAAAUCUUUUGAAGCUUUUAGCCUCCAGAAGCUUCUCUAAGACACAAACCAGGCUAGAUUUUCUAUCUGAUAAUUUCCAGGUGUUUGGAAGGACAAUAGAGGGAUGGUCCAUGAGCAAAAGUGAGAAACUGACACAUCUACAUCCCUAAACCAUUGAUGCUUUAGAAAAUCAACAAUCUACCCUCAAAUCUGGAGGUUUAUGUCACAUUUUCCACAGAAAUAUGUGCUGAAACUUUCUUUCAUCCUUAUCUCUCCUGAAAGGGUGUCAUUCUGCACACAGAGGCUAAAAAACGCACGCACAGGGCACAUUUGGUUGUUCUUUCUACAUAUUGUUUGCCUCCCCCAACAACAUGCAAAGACUCUGAGCAAAAAAGUCCAGAGCUGUUUGGUUGUUACUGUGACCAUGGUAUUAGCAGGAGAAGAGGGUGCUACCAGUGGACUUGAUGAAGGAGGAGGGUGGUUAACUGAAACUGAACAGAGAGUUGGUGUUUGUUUCGUUGAAGAGAUGUUGGAGAAGGCCCAUAAACGAUAGCCAAAGAGCAGCAGCUUCCUUUAUGUGCUUACAAUUGAGCUCUGAGUUUAUAGAAGACUGUAAACUGGUAAGCAACACAAUUAGUGUUGGAAGAUAUAGUAACUGCAGAUGGAAGUGACUGAUACUCCAGUUUUGUUGUUUCAACCAAAGUGCAGCAGAAAACAGGAAGUACAGAACUCACACGACAAGGUAAUAAAACAGUGAAGAAAUAUUUGUUCAGUUUUGUCUACUAAAUUCAUUUUUGUAUUUUUAUGAAAAAACAAACAAAAAAGUAACAAAUACAAACACACACACACACACACACACACACACACACACACACACACACACAUAUUUCCUGGCUCCUUUGCUGCAAAAGCAUUUAGUUGUGACAACUGCUUUAUGUUGGGACAGACAAAAUCCUAGUCACACAUUCAAACUUCCAGUCAGACCCUCAGACCUCAGUGCCAUCAUUGCAGAGCUGCAAGCUACUCUUCCUGUCCCAGGCUGAGAAGAGGGACACCUGGAGUAGCUAUGAGUCCAUAGGAAGGACUGAUCACUUGCUUCACUGGGAGUAUCUCACUUCUAGGUACUGUCUCUUAAGGUGGAACUUUCACGACCAUGAAAUAUGGUAAACUUCACAGGUCUUAAGACAACCCCAAACAGCUCUAUUUUGAGAUUUCCUGUGCUUGUAUCUACCCUGGGUAUUUGAAAUCACACCUACUUUAACAUUCUGACUAAUCUGCCUACACACAUGGCCCUUGAUGUGCUAAAGCACUGGGAGCAAGGAAAUAAAGAAGAUAUAGGAAUGUAGUGAGCAUGAUAAAAGGGGCCAAGAAAAGAAUUUUGUGUGAAUAUAUGGGAUCUCCAAAUUCCCUCUUGGAGAAGACAGAAUCCUUAAGAAGUUUGCUUCCUCAGUCCCUGUUUCUCAUUGUGUCAUACAGAGACCCUAAUGCAUCUCCAGUGCAUCCGUUAGGGACUCCGCAGGCCCCACCCAUCCUCCUUAAACCACUUUCAAGCUUAAUCUUUUAAGCUUAUUUCUUAUUCCUGUUGUAAGGUGUGAUAGAGUUCAUGAUUACAGGAAUGACUGUAUAGCUGAGACAGCCCUGAAACACUUGGUUUUGCUUCCUGUAACUUGUGAGUUUUCUAAUUACAGCAUGAUCUACCAUGCUCAGUCCUUCUGUCCUUAACUGUUGAUUGUAUAUUUAUUUUUAUUAUUUUGGUGAAAAGUUUUAUUCUAGCUCAUUAUCCAAUAAGCGUAGGGAUCCUGCUAUUAAAACAGGCAAACUUAUGUCUGGUUCAACUUAGACCUUAGCUCUUUGCAGCAAACAACUCUCACUCAUUUUAAGAAAGAUAUUGGAGUCUAGUAGCCUAAUUUUCAAAUAAGCUCAACUGUUAUUCAUAGGCCUGAAAAUGAAAUGGAGUAGCUACAUUGCUAAUGACUAGUUUACCACAGAACCAAGUUUGAAAUCCCGGAAUAAACAUUGAAAACCUUGAUGAUAUUUUAGUCUAACCGUAUUUUUUAUGAGCAGUUUUCAUUUCAACUCACCACACAUUGGAAUCAGCUGAUGUUAGAGCCGCAUUUCCAGACUGCAAUCAUGGGCUAAGAAACCGCUGCAUUCCAGGAAUACUAAAGUUUUUCCAUGCAACACAGGAAGUACUGAGGGUCUCAGUCUUGUGGACUGAAAAAACACUGAGCUAUCAGCUCCACCGGUGAGAGACAAAGCCUGUGGAACUAUUCAUUGUCUUAAGGUCACUACUUUAAAUACAAAGAUCUCUCAUAGGCCUGUACAGUUUCCAUAUCCCUAAUGUCACACUAAGGUCAGAGCCUUGACUGUUGGGUGCUUCUUUCUUAUCCGAGGUCUCUGUCUUGUCCUGUAUAGUGAACCAAACGAACUUUGGAGGAAAUGGUUUAUUUCACUUCACAUGUUACUCCUAGAUGUUAAAGGAAUACUGAACAAAAAUUUAGGUGAUUUCUCAAAGCAAAAACCACAGAGAAACGAUCUUUCUUGAUUGCUCCUUGAUUCAAGUUUAUCUACUUCUUUCCUUCUCUUUCUACUUUUUCAAUAAUUUAUUUAAUAAUUCAACACUCUCUCCACUCCUCACACUCAUGCCCACACAAACCCCUCCCCCAUUAUCCGUCUCCAUUUACCCAGAGAAGGGGGAAACCUCUAUGGGUAAGAACCUGCCCUGGCACCUCCAAUUGCAACAGGAACAUCUUCUGCCUCUAAGCUAGACAACAAUGCCUUGGGGAAGGUAAGCCACAGUAUAGCAGCAGCCUCCUCUCCAAUUCUUAGGGUACCCAUAAAACAACCAUGCUGCACAUUAGUUAAAAAGAUGUAGGGGGGCAUAGGUUUAACCCGUGCAUGCACUGUGAUUGGUGGUUCAGUGUCUGUUAGGCUGCAUGUCCAGGUCAGUUAACUUUGUAUGUACCCUUGUGGUAGCUUGAUGCUCAGGAUUGAUUUUCAAAUUCCACACCCUUACACAAGACUCCCCAAGUCUAGCCUAACAAUUGACUGUGGGGACAGAACAUCUGUUUCCAUCAGUUAAUGGAUGAAGACUCUCAGGAGACAGUUUUUCUUGGCUCCAGUCAGCAAACUUAACAGUAUAAUUGAUAGUGUUGUGAUUUGGCUCUUUCCCGUUGGCUGGGUCUCAGGAUAUGGAAGCUACUGGCUGUCCAUUCUCUCCAUCUCUGCUCAAUCUUUAUUCCUUUCCAGAUUGUAGGUUGCACAACUUUUGGGCAAAUAUGAUAUGGGUAGUUUGGUGUCUAUUUCUUUCCAAGGCUAAUAUCCACCUGUAAGUGACACAUGCCAUGUGUGUCUUUCGGGAUCUGACUUACCUCACUCAGGAUGAUAUUUUCCAGUUCCGUUAAUUUACUGAAAAUUUCAUGCUGUUUUUGUUUUUAAUAGUUAAAAUUAUUCCUUGUGCAGAUAUAACACUUUUUUUUUUCAUUUUUCAGCUAAUGGACAUCUAAAUUGUUUCAAAUUUCUGGCUAUUACUAAUAAAGCUGCUAUGAACAUAGUGGACCAGAUCUACUUACAAUGUGGUGGAGUGUCUUUUAAGUAUAGGCCCAUGAGUUGUGUAGCUGAAUCUUGUAGUAGAACUUUUGCCAAUUUCCUGAAAAAUUGCCAAACUUAUUUCCAGAGAAGUUAUAAAAAUUUUUAUCCAGCCAACACUGGAGGAGAUUUUGUCAUGCUCCACAUCCUUGCCAGCAUGUGCUGUUAGCUAAGAUUUGAUCUUAGCCUUUCUGAUGGGUGUAAGGAAUCUCAGAGUAGUGAUUUGCAUUUCCCUAAUGGCUCAAGAUGAUGAAUAUUUCUUCAAAAUUCUAAGCCCUUCAAGACUACUCUGUCUAGAAUUCUCUGUUUAUCUCUGUACUUAAAUUUUAAUUUUGUUAUUUGGAUUGGGGUCUAACUUCUUGAUUUCUUUAUAUAUUUUGGAUAUCAGCCCUCUGUCAACUACAGGGUUGGUGAAGGUAUUUUUCCCAUCUGCAGACUCUUACUUUAUCCUAUUGACAGUGCUCUUUGCCCUGCAGAGAUUUCAGUUUCAUGAGGUCCAUUUAUUCAUUGUUGAUCUUAGUGGCUUAGCUAUCUGUGUUCUCUUCAGGAAGUUGUCUAUUGUACCAAUGAGUUAAAGGCUAUUCCAAACUUUCUAUUCUUUUAAAUUUCGUGUAUCUGGUUUAUAUUGGGCCACUUGAACUUGAGUUUUAUUCCGGAUGAUAAACAUUGAUGCAUUUGCUUUCUUCAACAUGCAGAUAUCCAGUAAUACCAGCAUCAUAUACCAGUUUUUAUUGUAUGGUUUUAACUUCUUUGUGAAAAUAUAAGUGACUGUAAGUAUCUAGGUCUAAUUAUGUUUCUCUGAUUCAAGUCGAUUGAUCUGCCUAUCUGUUUCUACAGUAAUACUAUGUCGAUUUUUUUUUCUGAAGUCAAGCAGGUGAUACAUCCAGAAGUUCUGUUAUAGCACAGAACUAUUUUAUCUAUUCUGUACUUUAUGGGAUUAUUGUUUUGCAUAUGCAGUUGAGAAUUAUUCUUUCAAAGUCUAAAGAAUUGUGUUAGAAUUUUUAUGGGAACUGCAUUGAAUUUGUAGAGUUAUCUUGGCAAGAUGGCCACUUUCACUAUGUUAACCUUAUCCAUCCUUGGGCAGUACUCAUUAAAAUUUUUAAAAGGUAAAAAUCUUUUAAAAUUAUUUUCAAUAAUUUAAAAUUCCAAGUGGUGUUUAGAAAUUAGAAGUUCUUCGUAUUGACUUUUUUUUGAUAAGGACUAUGCCACAUAAUUUCUUAUCAGAGGAAUGACCCAGAAAAAUAUUUCUAAGUAAAACCCAAAUCCAAUUAUGUCAAUCCAUGUUGUGUAAUAAUGUCUGCAUUCUGAAAGUCACCCAUGAACUUCUGGACCUGAAGGAAAUGUUAACUCACCCUUCUCUGUAUAGCAAGUUAUAUGGCAAACAUUGCUACACAGUGAGACUCUUCUCCAAAAGCACAACAAACAUAUUGGGAAGGAUAAAUACAUGUAAGCUGCAUGUGCACUCCAGAAAAAGCUGUACAACUGGCAACAUAAAGAUCCAUAUUACUCAAGAAUCCUCUCCAAAGCCUGAUGUUACUUUGUAUAGACGGGGUCAAUGAAAGGUUUCUUCAAGGCCCGUCAUUCCUAUGAGUGCUCUUCAGCCUCACUCUCUCUCCAUAAGAAAAACUAGUGUGCAAGGUCUCCUGAGUGUCGUGUCAUCUGUAGGUGAUCACAGCUUCACUUUUUCAAAUGAUGACAAUGGUCAAGUCUCAAUCAGAAACAAAAUCUACCCAUCUGUCUUCCAGGUGGAACUUGGAUGCAUAACUAUAGUCAGAAAGUCAUUGUAGGUGGCAGCAAGUCAAAUUCAUCUUCUAUAGACUGAGUUUGAAUCUAGGUUGGUCCUUGAAUCCUGACUCUACAAAAGCAAAAACAAACAAACAAACAAACAUCCAAACAAACCAAAUAUAAACUGCACAUGGUAAGCAAAUAAACAAUGUUUUUUUUCUUUUAUGCCCAUAAUGUAUGCUUUUAAUUAGAAUAUGCCUAAGAAACUAGUACAAUAAAAAAAUCACAGAAAUCCAAGAAAUUAGCAAUAGGCACAAAUAUAUUAAAAGACAAACUGACCCAAAUUAAAAGAGAAAUAUUUCAGUUGCACUAAGUUUUUUAAAUACAUGCCUAAUCAAUAAAUAUCUUCCCCCAAAACCAUCUUCAAGCCCCAUUGUUAAUUGAUAACUAAAAUUUAAGAAAAUAAAAUAGAAAUUCUCCCAAAAAUCUAAACUUUCAAAAAAUACAAGAAUGACUUCUAAAAAUUCCAAAUAAGCAAAUACCAGUAUUUUCUCCAUGUCAUAGACAUAAAAGUCUUGGUUAUAACAGCACAUACUGUUAAUUAAAACACCCAGGAGGCAGAGGUAAGAAAAUUUUUGUGAUCUUAAUAGCAGUCAGGUUAACAUAGUGAAUUCAGUGCCAGCCAAGCUUAGAGACAAAUUCCUUGUCUCAAGAAAAAAAAAGAAGCACACAAAUAAAUAAAUAAGUUUUAAAGAGAAUUUUAUAGAUUACAUCCAUAAUAAUAACAUGUAAAAUUGUAAAUGGGCAGCACAGGCUACACAUUGAAUUCCAGGUCAGGUAAAGGACAAGUGUAAGACUCUGUUUCAAAAUAAAAUUGGACACCAAUGGAAGGAAAAGCCCUUGGCCCUCCCAAGCCUGAACCCCACCACACCCCCCCGGUGUAGGAGUGUAGGGGAAUGUUACAGGGCAGGAAGAGGGUAGUUGGGAAGGGGGACACAUUUAUAGAAGAAGGGGAGAGGGAUGGAAUUUGGGGCUUAUGUCCAGGAAACCGGGAAAUGGAAUAACACUUGAAAUAUAAAUAAAAAAUAUCCAAUAAAAAAUGAAAACUGUUUAUUUAUUUAUUUAUUUAUUUAUUUAUUUAUUUUAUGUUAAAGACAAAAAUUAUUUUCAAAUGAACACAUGCUCUUAGCAGACAAGGCUAUAUAAAUUGGAUAAUAAAUAGAACAAAGAACAAAUGUAAUAUCUCCACAUAUAGAAGUUUAAUAGUCAAACAACGGUAAAUGCAUUCAUCUAUGAAUAGAACCAUAAAUAAACAAAAGGUAGGUUGAUGGAUUCAAUUCACCUGAACAAAGUAUCCAGUUUCCCAUUUGAGAAUACAAUAUGUCAAUCCAUGGAUUUUGACCAGAUUCCCAGUACCAGACAUGAAAACUCUUCUCUACAUUGGGCCCCAUGACAACCAGAAGUAAUUUUUUGCUUACUUCCAUAAAUGUCAUGCUAUUAUUUCACAAGGUUGUACAUCUUGGCUGGGAGGUUGAUAUUCUAGCCCUCAUGGUUCAUAGCUUUCUCUCUCUCUGUCUCUCUAACACACAUACACAUAUACAUAAGCAUGAAACAAUAAUGAUCAAUGUGUUUACUUUAAGUAUAAAUGAUGAAAAAAGUGUGGAGACAGAAUCUGGUCAUUUAAGAUAAAAGCAUCAGAGGUAAUUGGUAAGGACAGGUAUGGAUUAAGAAGUAGGAGAAAACCUUGGAGGGGGGUUGAAGAAAAAGUAAGGAAGUCUCUGAGCUACCUAGAAGUUAUUAAUGGAGGCGAAAGGAGUCCUUUCAGUUUCUCUUCUAGUCUUGAGCCAUCCCCCAUUGUGCAAUGCUUGGCUAACCACAGUCACUAAAUUUAAAGAACAAUUGAAAUUGUUUUCAUCAAAAACAAGCCAGCAGAUGGAAAAAACUACAAUCAAAUGAGAGUACAGUUAAGUGGGAGACUUAAACAUAUUUAUCAUGGCAAAAGACUACUGAAGUCAAAUAGCCUGUUACAUCAUCUCUUUAUUUUAUUAUUAUUAUGGUUGAUUUUAUUACUAACAUUUUCAUUUGUAUUAUUAUUAUUAUUAUUAUUAUUAUUAUUAUUACUACUAUAGCAUUGUCCAAGGUCAAGCAUUUGCAUAUUUCCUACUAUGAACUGUACCCUCCAUCCCAGUGAAGUGUCUAAAGUCUUCAGCAGAAGCAGCAUUACUAGUAAUGUGCAUAGCAAGACCUUUGAAUGAAGGCCUACAGAUGCAAAAACUAUCUUUGUCCUUGGAAGAAAUAAGCAAUAGUAUAUUCUGGAACCAUCUUGAGUGACCAUGGCUCCUUGUUACAAUGUGGCAUCAUUUCAUUAAGUUGUGCAGUUUUAAAGAUCCUAGAAAGUCAUAAAUGAAGGCAAUUUCAUCAUACAUUGGUGGGUGGAUCAGAGAGUCGGUUGCAGCAAAAUUGAAGAAGCUAUUCUAUAGAUCAUCACAAGGCAUUGCUAGAUUUCAGGUUGGUGGAAGUUAAAGGAUUGCUAUGUUCAAAGAUUUCAUGAAGUUUUUAUCUAUUAGUCACAGGAUGUUACUUCUGGCAUAUGUUACUUUAGAAGACUAGAGCUAGCCUCUGACAAGAAAAUCAGUUCCUAGACCCACAGCAUCGAAAUGUUCCCACUUCUCUGUAGUUUAAAUCAGUCUGAGCUGAAUCAGUUUCUUUCCAGGAAUUCUCAUCAGAAACCUAAGGGCAAAAGUCAGAAGAAAAACCACCGCAUCUCAUCUCUAUAAAAUCAAUUGUGAAUAUUUUCAUGCCAACUGGUAGACUGUAAAUUAACUAGCUGUCAUGUGAUAAUCUAUGUCUGAGUUUCUUAAAUAUAUAUCUCCUUGAAUCUAUGACUCCAUGCAUAAAAUGUCUUUCUUAGUAUGUUCUAAAGUAUAAAACUGCUAUUAAACAACUAGAAUGUUCAGAAGUAGGUUAACUAAUUAAUUUAUACCCCAUAUAAUUGCUUAAUAAGUACAUAUGGCUUUGAAAUCUAGAGAACAAUAUUUAUGAAAUGAAGAAAUACUUAUUGUUUAUCAGAAAAAUAUCUAUCAGAAAACUAGUGCAUAUUUGUAUAGAGGUAUACAGCUGUAAUUCUAAGACAGAAAAGAGUGAGACCAAAGGACUGUGACUAUGAGGUCAGCCUAUGCUACAUAGCAAGGUACAAGUAUCUUAAACAAGAAUAAGAACAAACAUCAAACAAGUCAAAAAAAAACCAAUAGAACAAAACAAUAUCUAGGCCUGAGUCUGUAACUCUGAGGAAGAGUAUGUACUGAGCCUUGUCUUAGAUUCAAUUUCUCAGCACCACAAAAACAUCAGUAGUAAAACCACUCCAUAUAUAAUGAUAUCAACAUUCACAGAAAAUAUUACUUAUCACUUAAAAGGUAGGAAUGUGUAAUGGAGGCCUUUGGUCCUGUGGAGUGUUGAUGCCUCAACAUAGAAGAAUGCUAGCAUGGUGAGGUAAGAGUGGGUGGUUGGGUGGGUAGGAGAGCUUCCUCGUAGAAGCAGGGGCGGGGAAGCAGAUGGAUAGGGGUUUGAGGAGGAGUAACAGGGAAAGAGGAUAACAUUUGAUAUAUAAAUAAAUAAAAUAAUCAAUAAAAUAAAAGUUAACAAAAAAAGGUAUAAGAGUAAAAGAAAGACAUUACCAGUGGAAAUGUGGGUGCUUUAAAGAUUUUUCUAGUACAUACUUAGCUAUAAUUCACAUAAUUCAAAAAUCAAGGAAUAACUUUAAAAAUUGUAGAAUAAAGGAAAUUUCCAACCGUCUGUUAAAAAUCUAGGAGGGGUUUCAGUCUGUGAGUUGCUGCCUAUAUAUAGGUGAGGGCAGGUAUGAGAUAAAGCAAAAGCCUGUGAUUGGGCAGUAAAAAAGGAAGGCAAACUGAGAAUUUUAGAAAAGGGCCAGAGAGUUGGAGAGACUCAGAAAGGGAGGAAGAUGAAGGAAAAGAAAAUAGAUCCAGAUUCCAAAUGAUUUUAAAUAGCCACAAGUAGCUAUGAAUAUCUAAUACAGGUUGUAUAAUUGCAGGACAGUUUGUCUUAUCUAGUUGGGCAGUUAACAACGAUAUCAAUUGGGACAUUUUGUGGAAUGAGAAUUUACAGAUUUAAAUAUGAUUGAUUAAUUACAAACCUCUAGAGUUUUGAUUUCAUAGGGUUCUAGGGAUAUAUGACUGCUAGCCACAGAGGGUAGAUGUCUGGGAACGUGGGCAGAAUCCACACAAGAAAACAGCAAGUAGGGCUGUCACUGCAUGGGGUUAGCAAUGAAAGUGGCAGGACCACCGAGGCCAGAGAAUAGCAGGCCUUAGUAUGGAUUUGUGCAUUUUUUAGUAUUUUCCACAAUGUCAGUCCAUCUUUUUCCUUGUGGUUUUGCUAAGGACACUAGCUUUACUCUCUCUGCAGAAGUUUACAUCUUCUCAGUCUUCAAAUGUCAAUCAUGAACAUUUGUUUUGUAGCAUCUGGAAAAAUAUGUUGCUUCUUUCCUUUGCUCUCACAGUCAGCUUUCAUUAAGCAAUUUCCUCUUUUUGGUUUGGUCAAGAGGAGGGGCAGAAAAUCAUGAGAUUGAGUACCACUCAGAAGAAAUUUAGUUUUUCUUUUUUCUCUGAGCCUAUUAGUGUAUACAGACAAGUAAAGUUCAACUUUUCCACCAACUGAGUGAUCAAUUUCCUCCACGAGAAUCGCUUCAGGAUAGAGACACAGGUAACAAUCACUGUUUUUAUUCUUUUUCUAUUAAAUGAUCAAGUAUAUUUUAGAGAAUUUCAGAUGGUGUGACAUGAAAGCCAGAUAGAUGGGGAAGCCCUGUUGGUUGUAUUAAAUCGGAUUAACUCUGGCAGCAUGUGAAAAUAUUAUUCUGUACUAGUAUUUUCUUUCAGCGUAUGCUGUGACUGGUGUUGUGUUCUAAGAAAUUAAGGUUGAAGGAUGUAUGGAGAUCAUAACUCUUUAAAUGGAUCAAGUGUUUAUAUAUUAUCCAUUUGAAUGAUGCCAAAUUAUCAACCAGGUUAGAUGGGUCAGUCUGUAAAUGAACUUGCUACACAAGCCUGACUGAAUACUUGAGGUUGAUCCCUAGAAGUCACAUGAACUUGGAAAGCAAAAUUUGUAGAAUUGUCUUCCAGACACAUGAACCUUGGCUUGAGCAUACUUUUUCCAAGAGCAAUAAUAACAAACAACAAUUUUGAAAAAUAGUUCUGUAGUCGAAGGAUACUUUUAUGUCAAGAAAUAAGGCAAAAAAUGAAUAACUUCAGAAAUCUUCAUAAAUUAAAAACUAGAUAAGAAUGCUAUCAAUGUGCAGCUUGCCCAUAUUAUCUGCUGGUACACAUCUCAGUUAUAAUGUGAAGGUAAUGUCACUUACAAAUAUUUUACAUCUACAAAUGCAUUGAUAUCUAUUUUCAGAUUGUGUCAUUCAUGGACGUUAGCUCAUGUAUACUGUAUAGUAACAAAAUUUAUUUUCAUAUGACCUUUUCUUGAAACAUCAUGUAUGAGUAUAUUAUAUGUAACAUGAUUAUGUACAUGGAAGGGUUUGAGAUUAAAACUUCAUAUUGCAUUGACUAUGCCACUCUCUGUUGCUCCCACUCCCCAUUCACAAAUAUUCCCUUUCUACCUUCCUGGUUGUGCAGUUACUAAAGGUUUCAACUCAUUUCUUAAGAAUUUAACCAGAGGCCUCAGAUAAGAGAGAAUAUUCAGCAAUUGUCUUUCUGGGUCUGGUUUAUCCCUCUCAGUAGAAUUUUCUCUAGUUGAAUCCAUUUACCAGGUCCAAGAAUAGAGAGGAUUUGGUAGGUUGUGGCUAGGUGGAGAGAUUCGGCAUCUCAUAUGUUUGGGACUUCAACCCAAAAGAUAUUUCUGUGUCUUGGAUCUUCUGCCGUAUUAACCUUCAAAUAUUCUCUUGAAGAUUGUUUCUGGAAAACUCUGAGAGUCAUGAAUAAAUAAAAAGACUGAAAUGACAUUUUUAUAUUCAUGUAUUUAUCAAACUGUGUAAAUAAUUUUAAAGCAAUAUUUUUUAUUCCUAAAGCUUUGACGUUUUCUAUUCAAAUAGAUUGUCGAAAAGUAUUUCUAUGUUUUCAGUGAUACCAAUUUAAAUUCUAACAUGUUUAUGUGUUGAACAUUUUGAACAAAGUGGCUAUGCCACUAUUAUAAUGACUUAUUAGUAAAUAUGUAAUUCUUUCCAUAUUUCUUAACAAUAAUUGCUGUGACCCUUAGAAAUAUGAAUGUCUAUAACAUAAAUGUACAAUGAAUUCUCAUCUGCCAUGUAAAUGGGGAGUAGUUCGUGUCAGGGUGUUUGGGUAUUAAGGGAUUUAGUCGGACCCCACCCUUUCCCAACCGUCUUUAUCAUCAGAUCUAGGUACCUUCCUAUAGGUGGACAUUUAAACUUUGAAAAAAAAAACAAUUCUCAAGGCUCCAGUAUACUUCAUAUAUUCAAAAAGAUGACUGAACAGGAGGUUACUUACACAACUGUGAGAUUUCAUAAGUCGUCAGUGUUCCAGAACGAAGUGAGGUCUGAGGAGACUCAAAGUGCUAAAGAAAUAGGCCACAGAGAGAGUUCAGUCCCCUGGAAGCUCAUUGUUAUAGCUCUUGGAAUCCUCUGUUCAGUUCUGCUGGUAACUGUUGCAGUAUUGGUGACAAACUGUUUGCAGUAUAAUCAUGAAACACAUGAACUGCAAGAAACUCAAAACUCUCAACAUAACUGCAGCACCAUGGAAAAUGACAUCAAAUUAAAGGAAGAAAUGCUGAGAAAUAUGUCUAUAGAGAGUACUCGUUACAAUGCUCUUCUGGACUUAAUCAACAGAGAACAGAAGAGAUGGUACAACAAAACUAAGACUGUUUUAGCUGCCCCUCAGCACACAGGUGGUUGUGUUGAAAUGCAUUGGUUAUGCUAUGGUAUAAAAUGUUAUUAUUUCAUCAUCGACAAAAGAACAUGGCGUAAAUGUAUAUAGACCUGCCAGAAUUACAGCUUAUCCUUUCUGAAGAUACAUGAUAAGGAUGAACUGAAGUUCCUUCAGGACCACAUUAUUCGAGACAGUUACUGGAUUGGAUUGUCAUAUAAUAAUAAUAAAAAGGAAUGGUCAUGGAUUGACAACACCACAUUGAAUUGUGAUUUGGUGGCAAUGAUAUCACUACACAAAACAGGAAAUUGUAAAUAUUUCAGUAUGACAGGUCUACAUGAUGAUGACUGUGGUAAAAGACAUCUCUGUAUCUGUGAAAAGGGAAUAGAAAAAUAUCCUGCCCCAUUGUGCAGUGUGAACGAAAGGUCACAGUCUGCUCUGUGAAUAAAGAGAUGAGUUGCAAAGCGAAGAAGUCUUCUGAAAUUUGUCUUAAGAGCAGACACAGUAUUCCCUUCUGGCACAUGGAGCAGCUUGCAUGUGGAGAAUGGACAUCCUUUGUUCCAAGACCCAAAUGAUUUUCCUCACAUUCUCUCCUGAAUGACACACAGAACCACAUGGAGAACUCAAUAAAUAAUGCACACAUCACAUAUUCUUUUGGAUAUUUCUACAGCCCAUGGCUUGUUAGUACAAUUAAUAACAAAUCUGCAGUUGUGGGUUUUCAUGUAGAGGUUAGUUACUAUUUGGUUUUUUGUUUGUUUGUUUGUUUGUUUGUUUUUUUUUCUGUUUUUUGAUUUUUUUUUUGGUGUAGAAAAAGUUAGCAUUUUUAAAACCUUUUGAGAUGAGGAACUGUGGAUGGGAGGACUGAUUGUGGUUAUGUCUUGACUGUUAAUAAAUAAAAUGAUUUUGAAAACCUUA